CUGGGGGCUGCACUCGGCUACCGCGGUGGGUGAUCGGACCGUGGGGCAGCGAGGCUGUCGGGGAUGGAAGAGGGCCGUGCGGAGAGGCGACGGAGGACGGAAGCUCCUUCGCACACACAGGGCGGUCCUAGGAGGGCCGGUGUCAUGACCGACGUCCACCGGCGAUUCCUGCAGUUGCUGAUGACUCACGGCGUGCUGGAGGAGUGGGACGUUCGGCGGCUGCAGAAGCACUGCUAUCGGGUCCAUGACCGCACUGCCGCCGUGGAGGAGCUGGAGGACUUUAUCAACAACAUUAACAGCGUCUUGGAGUCCCUGUAUAUUGAGAUCAAGAAGGGAGCCACCGAAGACGACGGGAGACCCGUUUACGCACUGGUGAAUCUGGCAACGACUUCUGUUUCCAAAAUGGCCUCAGAUUUUGCAGAGAAUGAGCUGGAUCUGUUCAGAAAGGCCUUGGAACUGAUUAUUGACUCAGAAACGGGCUUUGCGUCUUCCACAAAUAUUUUGAACCUGGUUGACCAACUUAAAGGCAAGAAGAUGAGGAAGAAGGAGGCGGAGCAGGUGCUGCAGAAGUUCGUACAGAACAAAUGGCUGAUCGAGAAGGAAGGAGAGUUCACGCUGCACAGCCGGGCCAUCCUGGAGAUGGAGCAGUACAUCCGGGAGACGUACCCUGACGCCGUGAAGAUCUGCAACAUCUGCCACAGCCUCCUCAUCCAGGGUCAAAGCUGUGAGACAUGUGGGAUCAGAAUGCAUUUACCUUGUGUGGCGAAGUAUUUCCAGUCCAAUUCCGAGCCACGCUGCCCCCACUGUAAUGACUACUGGCCCCACGAGAUACCAGAAGUCUUCGACCCCGAGAAGGAGCGGGAGGCUGGGACGUCCAGGGCCACCAAGAGGUCCUUGCGGUCCCGGCAGCACUAGCUGGCGCAGUGGGGGACCGCGGCUCUGCUCCUGGCUGUGGCCGGCCUGCCGGAUCCGGGUUUUUCCACCGCGGCGAUCUGCCCCCAACUCCGUCAGUGUGGUGCGCCUGCCUCAGACCAAAGACUCCGGGGCCAGUGCUGAGGCCCAUCUCACCGAUCCCCCAGCCUGUUUCUCCCCCCAUGGUGUUUCCUGCCGUUCCGAAAGUGCCCUCUGUUCCUGGCCGCUGAGGCCUUGCACAUGUGCCCUCAGCCCAAACACUUUCCCUGGUUUCCCGCCAUUGGCCUGCUCCCCAGCCGCUCUCUGGAUCUUGUCACAGCUUCCAGACCUCGGUCCCCGUUUCCCCACACGUCUCUGCUCAGUGCACCUGCCACACUCCUGACUCCCGUCUCUGUCUCUUCCACCCGGAUCAGUCAGCCCAACCCAGUCUGGCUAAAACAAGGGGUCCUGCGGGAGAGGCUUGAGCCGGCGGGUCCGGGUGAGGUCACCAGGCCUCCACACCACUGCCUCUGCUGUAUUUUCACGGAGCGGGCCUUGUGCUCACAGUCUCCCGGGAGAUCCAGCCACUUUCUUCCCGCUGACCCUCCUUCCGGGCCUCGCACACCAACGCCCAGUGUCGGGAGGAAGAGGGCGCGGCGCGUAUCGUGAACCCGGCUCGCCUGCCCCAGCACACGGCGCCCUCCGGCUACUUACGGAGGUGGGGAUGCGACAGUCCAGCUGGCGCUGGCAAAUUGGGGCUUGCCCCGGGGCCACAGUUAUCUCCUGAAGAGAACCAGAUGCUCUUAUCAGGCAAACGGGGAAUGGACUGUGCACCACAUGGGC